AUUACAGUGAUGUUGUGGUUUUAGACCAGUAAAAGUUGUGUUUAAACUGGUGCUUUCGUGUUAUUUGUUUUGUUUUGAAUGCAGAACCCCGUUAUGGCCACCCAGGUAAUGGGGCAGUCUUCCGGAGGAGGUGGUCUGUUCACCGGCAGUGGCACCAUGGGCAUGGCCUUGCCUAACGACAUGUAUGACUUGCCUGAUCUCUCCAGAGCUGAACUGGCUGCGCCUCAGCUCAUCAUGUUGGCAAAUGUGGCCUUAACUGGGGAAGUAAACGGCGGCUGCUGUGAUUACCUGGUUGGCGAAGAAAGACAGAUGGCAGAAUUGAUGCCUGUAGGGGAUAACAACUUUUCAGAUAGUGAUGGAGAAGGACUUGAGGAGUCUCCUGAGGUAAAAGGCGAGCCCAGUGGGCUGGAAAACAUGGAACUGGAGAGUUUGGAACUCAGUGUUGUCCAACCACGGCCCGUGUUUGAGGUGUCAGCUGCCUCAGAACCGUACAGCGCAAAUAAAGAUCUUCCUCGGGAAACACCUGUAGCAGAGGACAAAUGCAAGAACUUGAAGACCAAGCCCUUUCGCUGUAAACCAUGCCAGUAUGAAGCAGAAUCUGAAGAACAGUUUGUGCAUCACAUCCGAGUUCAUAGUGCCAAGAAAUUUUUUGUGGAGGAAAGUGCAGAGAAGCAAGCCAAAGCCAGGGAAUGCGGCUCUUCCACUGGGGAAGAGGGAGAUUUCUCCAAGGGCCCCAUUCGCUGUGACCGCUGUGGCUACAAUACCAAUCGCUAUGAUCACUAUACUGCUCACCUGAAACACCACACCCGAGCCGGGGACAAUGAGCGAGUCUACAAGUGCAUCAUCUGCACGUACACCACAGUAAGCGAAUAUCACUGGAGGAAACACUUGAGAAACCAUUUUCCAAGGAAAGUAUACACAUGUGGAAAAUGCAAUUAUUUUUCAGACAGAAAAAACAAUUAUGUUCAGCAUGUUCGAACUCAUACAGGUAAGAGGACC